GCACCAACGGAAAGCCGCGCAGUGGAACGAAAUCGAACGAACCCACCCGGAAGGAACCGCUUCCUUUCCUUCCUUCUCCCUUCCCAUCCUCCCCGCCCCGAGGAACUCGCCGCCGCCUCCGCACCGCGUGAUCGCCCGCCUACCACAUGCCACCGCCCCGCCUCGACGUCCCCUUCCCCUGACCGCGCGCGCGCCCACGCCGAUCGCGCCGCGCCGCGCCGCGCCUGCCCGCCAUGGCUCCCGCGGCCUUCGUCGCGAUCCUCUGCCUCGCCGGGGCGGCGGCGGCGUCGGCCGCGGAGGCGGGGUGCGGCGCGAACACGAGCCUGGCGGGGUACCGUGCGGACCUGCGCAUGUCGCAGCACCAGCUCCGCGGCCGCGUGGAGGUGCUGGACGGCUGCUCGUUCCGCGUCGCGGCGCUCGACCUCCUCCCGGGCUCCGCGUCCGCGCGGUGGUGGCGCGCGGACGGGACCGACCUCGACGCCCUCGCGCGCGGCGAGCCCGCCGCCGCCGACCCGCUGGACCGCACCUUCCGGUCCGAGUCCCUCGUGUUCCACCUCCUCCCGGGCCUCUCCUGGCCGCUUGUCCCCGUCCUCGCCGCCUACGACCCCCUCACCUCCUCCCUCUUCGGCUUCGUCCGCCUCCCCGGCGCCAACGCCUCCUCCGAUCCCUCCUCCUCCUCCGCGGCGCCCACCAUGCUCGACUCCUGCGCGCACCUCUCCCCGCGCUUCCGCGUGCGGUGGACGCUCCACGAGGCCAACAACUCCGUCGACAUCGGCCUCGAGGCUGCCGUCGGGUCCGAGUACUACAUGGCGUUCGGGUGGGCGGAGCCCGGCGCGGCCGAGCCGCCGUCCGUGAUCGGCGCCGACCUCGUCGUCGCCGGCUUCACCGAGGACGGCCUCCCGUUCGCCGACGACUACUACGUCACCAAGUACAGCGAGUGCCUGCUCCGCGACGACGGCUCCGUCGAGGGCGUCUGCCCGGACACCAUCUACGGCCGCAACCACUCCUCCUCCGCCUCCGCCGGGCUCGUCAACGGCACCCGCCUGGUCUACGGCCACCGCCGCGACGGCGUCUCCUUCGUGCGCUUCUCGCGCCCGCUGGCGCCCAAGGACAGCAAGUACGACGUCGCCGUGAACGCCACCCGGAACAUGACCGUGGUCUGGGCGAUCGGGCUGCUCCGGCCGCCGGACUCGCUCCGGCCCUACUACCUGCCGCUGAUGAGCCGCGGCGGCGCGUUCUCCUUUGCCAAGCUCAACUUGUCGGACGCCAGCGGCGGGUGCGUCGGGCCGCUGGACGCCGAGGACAAGGAGGACCAGGCCAGGAUCACGGCGGAGCGCAAGACGCCGCUGGUGGUGACGGUGGGCCCCGCGCUGCACUACCCCAACCCGCCCAACUACGACAAGGUGCUCUACAUCAACAAGAAGGAGGCGCCCCUGCUCAAGGUGGAGCGCGGCGUGCCGGUCACCUUCUCCGUCGAGGCCGGGCACGACGUGCCCCUGUACAUCACGUCCGAUCCCGUGGGCGGCAACGCCACGGCCAGGAACACGCCGGAGGUCAUCUACGCCGGCGGGCCGGAGGCGGAGGGCGUGCGGGCGACGCCGACGGAGCUCGUCUGGCUGCCCGACCGCAACACGCCGGACCUGGUGUACUACCAGUCCUUGUACGAUCAGAAGAUGGGCUGGAAAAUUCAGGUCGUUGAUGGAGGCCUCAGCGACAUGUACAACAACAGCGUGCUCCUGGACGAUCAGCAGGUGACGUUCUUUUGGACUCUCUCUGGUGACUCCAUUAACAUUGCUGCCCGAGGCGAGAAGAAGAGCGGUUACCUUGCGAUCGGCUUCGGUAGCGCAAUGGUGAAUAGCUAUGCUUAUGUCGGGUGGGUCGAUGGCAAUGGCAAGGGGCAUGUCAAGUCUUACUGGAUCGACGGGAAGGAUGGGAUGAGUGUGCACGAAACACAUGAGAAUGUUACACACAAGAGGUGCCGAUCGGAAAAUGGUGCGAUCGUGUUUGAGUUCACCCGUCCAUUGACACCUUCGUGCAGUGGAAGGGUGGAGUGCAAGAACAUAAUCGACCCGACGACUCCUCUGAAGGUCAUUUGGGCAAUGGGUGCUCAGUGGUCAUCAGGCCCCUUGAGCUUGAAGAACAUGCAUUCGGACACAAGCAACCGUCCUAUCAGGAUUCUUCUGCUGAGCGGCUUGGCUGAAGCAGUGGAGGACCUGCGCCCGGUGCUUGCUGUUCAUGGGUUUAUGAUGUUUGUGGCAUGGGCUAUUUUUCUCCCAGGGGGGAUCAUGGCUGCGAGAUAUCUGAAACAUCUGAAAGGCGAUCUCUGGUUCCAGGCUCACACCUAUCUGCAGUAUUCAAGCAUUGCUGUUAUGCUCUUGGGCGUUCUGUUUGCAGUUGCUGAGCUCCGAGGUUUCUCUUUCAAAUCCAGACAUGCUAGAAUUGGUGCGGUAGCAUUUACAUUCGCAUGUGUGCAACCAAUAAACGCAUAUCUUCGACCGCAUAAGAUGGAGGAUAGAGAACCAUCAUCAGGAAAUAGGACAGUUUGGGAGUAUCUGCAUCAUUUUACCGGGAGGUCUGCUGCGCUUGCUGGUAUCGUGGCUCUCUUUACUGGCUUGCAGCAUCUUGGGCACAGGUAUGGCAGUAAGAACAUCAAGGGGCUUACAUGUGGGCUAAUCUUAUGGUUUUUAAGCGUUGCUUUGGUAACGGCUUAUUUUGAGUACAUGGCUAUUAAGCGAAGAAGAGAUGGUGCUGAUGGCCUUUCAGGAAAAUGGGUGCUUGGCAACACCGACGAAGACGAUACAGUUGAUCUUUUGCAAUCGGACAGGGUAGUCAGUAAACUGGAGUCUAAUUCAUCACCUGAGCCAAUGGAAGUACAGCUUGAGCCACUUAAAGGAUGAUACACUUUUUUCAGUAUACAUAUAAAAAAGAAUUUAGUUCAAAUUCUUUAUAGAUAUAACAAGCGGGUGAUAUACGUCUCAGGAUAAAAGAGGGUUCGGUUCAUAUUCUUUUUUGAUUUAAGGAAAUGGUGAGAUUCCCAUCUUUUACUUCUUGAGAGGUACAUACCAAUUACCACAUGGUGUAGAUUAGUUUUUUCUUGUCUUUUGGAGCUUAGGCCCUCCUGUCUUUAAUCUCCUAACUUCUUAGGGAUCAUGUAUGUAUAUCUGUACAAUUUUGGUAUAGUUAAAACUCAAAGAGGAUACAAUUCUUUUCGGAAAAAUUUCGUGAGAAUUCUGUGAAACAUUUCUGUAGAUGGAAUUUUUUUACAUUUUAUAGAUGAUAUUGUUACUUGUUAUGUGCUAUAUUAUUAUGAGUCAGUAUACAUUACAUUACUUGGAACUAGAAAUAACUGUUGUGGAAUACUGUCCAGUGAAAUCAUAGCACCCCUGCCUGUUGUGGAAACAGUGAUCCACAUUUUAUUUGUGCCUGCUGAUGUCUUUGUGCUAUUUCUCACCUUCUUAAUCAUAAGAUUCAUGGCAAUAUAUGCCAACCUGAUGCUUUGGUGCUUUUUUGAUAUCUAUUCAAAUUGCCCAAAUGUUAGGCUGAUGAUCAGCACCGUGAUGUACCUAUUUACUGAUUCUAUGAUAUGUCAUCGCAAAUUACCAGAAAUGCAUUUAUUUCCAAACUACGUACUCAUACCCACCCUCUUUUAUCGGCCAAACACGGAUUUCCCUUUCGCCAUCGUGACACGCAGGUCUGUUCGAAAGUAGUUGCCCACUUGUCUUGCAUUCCAUUCCAGUAACGUGCUGCAGUUUGUUGACCUGAAGAUCGUCCACUACAACCAUGAGUUGGCCUCAAUCUUCUUCAAGGAAAAUAGAGCAGGUCCAUAUUGUUCCAGUUAGAGUUAGGUGUUGGCACGCAGUCAGAUCUGGAUCCCUCCUGUUUGUUGCUUGCCACCUUGUUAAGAAACCAGGGUUAGGUGAUGUCUGGUGAGGGGGCAAAAUCAACAGCAUGUUAUACAUGAGUCCCCUUUGUUCUUUAGGGUCUCUUCUCUUGUCUUUGCCAUGAAGCCUAGUGGCCAACACGUUGCAGUUACACAAGUUCAGGCAUUGCUGAGUUUUUUUUAUGGCCCAACAAUGAACAGGAAAGUUCUUCUGGUUUAGGUGGAUGAAGCUGCCGUGCUGGAGUUUGGGUCUCUGGAGUCUAAAACUGUUGGUAGCAUUAUUUGAGAAACAGAGCCCAGGAUUAGCAUUGUAAGGACUGGACCAGAUAAAGGGAGGCUAAGGCUAUCCUCUGAUGGGCUUCCAUGCUUGAACAAUACAUGUCAUAAACCUAAGGGAUCUGCAUGUCAGAGCCUUGAAUCAGUGGCAGCAACUCAGUUCAAGCCUGGAAUCAGUUGUAACCAUGGUUCAAGGGAGGGAAACUGUACAUGUGUGUUUUGGGAUCUAGUAAUGGUUCUAAGGGAAAUGACAAUUCCAGUCAUAAAAGGCCAUCAGCGUUGGGAUGAUAAGACUCGUAACUCCUGCCAUCUACUGCAUCCUGGACAGUAUCAUUGUGGUACGAGAUUGAUUUCUGAACUGGAGACUGGAGUGGCAAAAAAUGGGUAGCCUGCCCCAGAUCUAAUAUGUUAUUGGACGGGGCCCAUUCUGAGCACUUUUGACCCGGCCAUGUUUUCUACCGAUCCUGGCUUUUGCUGACGAAAUGGACCUGCAUUUCAGUUUGUCUGAUGUCUGAAUCAUCAUCUCCUCCACUGCCAUGAUUGCUGAGUCCACUCCGGCCCUCUGCCUAAUUCGAUGGAGAUGGUCCCUGCAAUGGGAACGAGAUCCUCUAACUUUGAGGUCUUUAUCUUUGAGUCAUCGACACGUGGGCUCCACUGCGUUUGGACCCGCAUGUCAGUGACCUGCAAUGCAGUGGCAAUAUAAUGCAUGGUCUGUGGACCUGGCAACACGAAUGCCCGAUGCAUUGCGGCAUAUCUGGUGAGGACACCCUGCUUAUGCUUAUUUGUUCCAAUACUGUCCGUAGUUGAUAUGAUCUUUUGAUUUAAUUCAUAAAUUAGUGAUGAGGUUGUACCUGAAUGCAUACCCUGCAAUUCUGAUACUAUUACUCAUGAGCAUGCUAUGCAGAAUUGCAAAGUGAAGUACGACAGGAUUAUAAGAGUAAUUUGUAUUGCCGCGAACUGUCUGCCAGUGCGUGGACAGAAUAACGAUAACGACACAUCGAACAAACGACAACACAGGACGCGCGAGUUCAACAGACAGUUCAUGUGUAGGCCGCUUGUGAGCUAUGUUCCAGAAUCUGAGCUUGUCUUUCCACAAUCUCAGCUUGUUA